AUGAUUUCGAAUUAUGCGGAGCUGUUUCUCAUCUGUGCCAUCAUUCUGAUGCCAAUUUUCUACGAAACGUCGAGUCGAUUUCGGUAUUACUUUAAAUUCGUCGUCUACUACGGUGUCGUCAUACUGAAUUCCUUCAUCCUGAUACCCGUCUUCCUGUUCCGGCCGUGCGAUGUGCGGAAUCUGAUAUUAGCAAGCAAACUAUGCCGGCUAGCAUCGCCAAUCAUCAGCAUGAAAUGGGAAGUGCGUGGUGCGGAACAUAUGAGUGCCGAUCGGGCAAUGGUGAUGGUGGCGAAUCAUCAGAGCUCGCUCGAUAUUUUGGGUAUGUUUGACUUCUGGCACAUUAUGGACAAAUGUACGGUGAUCGCAAAGCGGGAGCUAUUCUUUGCCUGGCCCUUCGGCCUGGCCGCCUGGUUGUCGGGGUUGAUCUUCAUCGAUCGGCGGCAUGCACAGCGCGCUCAAACGGCCAUGAACGAGUCAGCGAAGAUGCUCAUCAAGAAGCGCACCAAGCUGUGGGUGUUUCCCGAAGGGACACGCCGUACAACGAACGAGAUACACCCAUUCAAGAAGGGUGCCUUUCACGUAGCGGUCCGUGCGCAGCUACCGAUCCUUCCAAUCGUCUACAGCUCCUACCACACGUUCCUGGACGAUCGGAACAAGGUGAUGAAUCCGGGGCACGUGAUCGUGACCGCGCUGCCACCAAUCGAAACAAAGGGCCUCACGAACGACGACAUACCGGAGCUGAUCGAGCGUACGCGGAACGCGAUGAUUGAAACGUUCAAAGCGACAACGAAGGAGGUUGAAAAUCGGUUCAAUUUGAGCGGCCACGGGAUGACACCGGCCAAAGGUACAACCACGGUGAUCUCCCGCAUUGCCGCCGCCAUGCCCAGUUCGGUACGGUCCGCCGGUACCACUGCGCCCCUUAUUGCACCCGAACCGAGAAAAAUCGGUUCCCUGAUCGGGGGCGAUGCGUCACCGAUCAAGGAACCGACCGCCUACCGGCGCAAGGAUGUACAGCGAGAUUAG